CCUACUUCACUUGUGCGCCUACAUCAUAAAGGAAGAACCGGCAGAAGACGCUUACGGUCUAUACAUUUCUCACAAGAAUAACCAGACUAUUACUGAAAACAAUGCAAGUGGCUUUAGCAAACAUUCUCAAUCUGUAUAUGAGUCAAAUGAGUAAAAAGCGUUGCCACAACUGAGAUGGUACUUGGCACCCGUUGUAACGAAGGUGGACAAAACGGCAAGGGCAAGAAUUUCUAAGGCGGGUAUAAAAAGGGAGCGCGCGCCUGUCACGGGCGCUCUCGCCCCAGAUUAAGUCCCACGGUUGUCCAAAGCGUUUUGAACCUUUCAAGAUUAGGGAGGGAGCAGACAUGGCCGACUCGCUAAGGAGGCUGGUGAACACAUCUUCCUUCAGCGUUCUACAGGACAAACUUGAGUCCUGGUACAAGGACUACCAUGUCAUCUCCUGUGAUCAGAAUCUGAACAGGUGCUGUGAAUUGGUAGAGCUCACCUCCAAGAUACAGGGUCAGCUCUUCACCAUCCUCAACUUCACUGCUAGAGAGGGUGGUCACUAUGCAGGAGUGGAUGUGCUCAAAUCACGCCUGCUGCCUUGGUUGGGGACUUGUUUCUCCAUGGCAACCUCCUCUGUCACCAACGACACCAGCCUCAACCUCAUCCAGGAGUCCGUGGAGAAGGAGAGGAAGAUCAGAGAGCUGUCUGCCUCCCAUGAGAACGACAUGCAGAAGAUGGAGACUCAGCUGUGCUCCACUCACCUACAGCUGGACUCUGUCAAACAGGAACUGGCGGAUGCUCAUCUGCAGCUGGACAACACAAAAAAUAUGUCAGCCACAACUCUGCUGGCCACCGAGGAUGAGAUACUACAGCUGAAAGCAGAGUUGCGUGCGGCCCGUGACCAGGUGGAGACCUAUAAGAGGAAGGUGGAUGUUCUGGAUGACUAUGAGAGACAGGUGCGUCUGCUGAGGGAUGAGGUGUCUUUCCUCACAGCAGAGAAGAGCAUGCUGCAGGAGAGGUUGGUGAGGAGUUGUUCCCCCAGCCCCCUGCCCAGACAGAGCCGCCCCUCCAGCCCUCUGAAGAGUGAGUCUCCCACCCGGGCCCAGCUCACCAAUUCGUCCCGCCACGCCAGGCUGGUGUCCCGCUUCAGUGACUUGUAUGCUGUGGAGCGCCUGGAGGCCCAGAGUCUGCUCCGACGCUACAUAGAUGACCUGGAGAUGGUCCAGAGAAUCAUCUUCAUUGCCACUGUGGAGGCCUUCCAGGCAGCCAAGCUGGCCUACCGUCAAUUCAAGCUGCGAGUAAAGAAGACCCUGUCACCCUCCCACCUGGGGCCGGAGACCCUGGAGGACUCGGUGGUGGACUAUAUCGUCAGGAACUUGGACCUCUACGACGUGCAGGCCAGUGUUAAUGACGUGAUCAACGCCAUGAAUGUAAACCCACGGAUCUCCUUCCCCCCGGAGGUGGACUUUGUCCUGAUCAACAGCUUCAUCCGGGAGACAUGCAGAGUGGCCUUCGCCAUGCAGACACUGGACUCUCCUCUGGACCUGGCUUUCACCAGCGGUGGAGAACUCUACAGCGACAACAAGUAUCGUCGUAGCUAUGACUCUGAGUUUACUGCUCCUCUGGUGGCGUACCAUGUGUGGCCAGCACUGGUGGAGGGGGACAGUGUCAUAGUGAAGGGAGAGGCAGUCACCAGGAGAGGAGCUCUGUGGAGGAGCAGAAGCAGGAGCUGCAGUCCUGUUCGCUCUGGCAGCCCCACACGCACUCUCGGGUUUAGUCGCAGCAGAAGCCCCUCUCCCGGACGUCUCUCCGCCAGUCGCCUGUAAACCCUAACUGACCACUGAGUUACAAAAGGAAAACCAAAUUCUACACAUCGAUUUCAUGUUUGCAACAAAGACAGAUCUUUAGCUUUAAUGGACUGGAUCCUGUCGUUAUUUGUCAGUUGUGAUGACUUGAUGUUAAGUAGUUAGACUCCGUGUCAAUAUGGACAUUGGUCCAGGGUUUACAGUAUUCUGGAGAGAAGUUCCAUGUUACCAUUACAGUAUCCAGAGACUCUGGCAGCUGGUCCGUUCAGAACAAUCCUUUCAGGGUGCUGUAGCAGCACGUGACAAGGCUAUGUGUGUGUUUAAUCUAUGCCCAUUAUCUUAGUGAUUCUUAACUGUGUACUAUGCAAAACCAGGAUGAUUGUGUGGUUGACCAUAAUGUAACUUUUUAAGGACAUUUAGACCUGCACAGUAUCAUUUUCUGAGACUGUUGUAGUUUAGGUUUUAUCUUUAACCUCAAACCUUGAUAGACUCUGGGUUAUAAUGAAUACAUUUUAAUGUCAUUUUAAUGUAAGUCUUAGCCUGCUUUUUUGUUAGAUUUUUUUGUUGUUGUAAGACACAUGGUGCUAAAGUUCAGUCAGAACUGUUCAACUCCACAAAAAACACGAGAGAUUGGUAUUGCUGAGAAUAAUGAUUAAGCGUACAGUUUAUAAAGUAAUCCGUUCCAGUCCAUGUUUCUUUUUUUUUGGUGUUGUGAUAUUAGCUAGAUGUGUGGUUUGGAUGGAUUUGUAACAAUAGAAGGGAUUUAAAGUUAUGCAAAACAUAUUCUGUAACUUCAAAUGGUUGACUUGAGAAAAGAUGCCUUUUUUUGUUAGUCCUAAUGAAGUUGCUUAUUAUCUACUGUACGCACAAGAUCCAAAAGCAACAUAUACCAUAUUUAGGAUAAUUGUUAGGCUCCACAUUUCAUUGAUUACAGCCUAACUAUUUUUCACUAUUUGAAAUCAUUAUACAGUCUAAUCUUUCAUUUUGCAUUAAACAGUGUGUUAGUGUUGUGUAUGCAAAACCUGGUGAUAAACCCCAAAAACUUGGACUCAAAUAUAUAUAUAAUGUAGUUGUGCUGUUCUUGUUACAGAAUACAAAAAAAUAAAUUAUAUACAGAGCGA